AUGUCCAGGCGUCUUUGGCAACCGCCAAAGACGCCUGGACAUCUGCACUCAGCGCUCUCCAGAAGCCGCAGAUUUAACUGGUUGGACACCAUUGUCACUGGAGAUGAAAAAUGGGUCCUCUACGUCAACCACACUCAAAAACGUGUGUGGUGCCCAGACGAUGAAAUGCCGGAUCCUUCCGUGAAAGGGGAAAUCCAUGAGAAGAAGGUCAUGCUGCGCGUCUGGUGGGGAGUUCAUGGAAUCUACCGUUUCGAACUGCUGCCGGACAAACGACAGUUACUGCUGAGGUCUACUGCGCUCAUCUGCAAACACUGCCGACAAGAUCCGCAAGGAGUACCCGAAGCUCGACAACGUUCGCCUGCUGCACGAUAA